AUGAUGAAAGCCGAAGAGUUUCAGUUUGGAGGAGACCAAUUUGGAGGAGGAGACCCCGCCGUGGUGGUCUUUGAUCCUCCCUUUCCCCCGACAUCCCCUGCUGCUGCGAAAGCUCGGGUCAAAUCUGCGGGAGACGUGGUGAUUCCCAACUUUGACUUUCCUCGAAAAAAGGGGCUGAAAAAGGCAGCGGCGAGAGGCAGCGCAGUAGUAGUGCCACCACAACAAGACAACAAUAGGAAUGGCAUGGAACUGCAAGUCUUGGAAUUGCCCACGAAACGAACACGUGAAAUCAUGCGACAAGUGUCUGGUUUGGGCAUGGAAGAUCCCGUCUUUGGCCUCUCCAACCACAGUCUGCGCCGCGCCGCGGCCAAGAACAUGCCGUUCAAGAAUUUGUACGACGACAUGAAAUUGUCGGAUAUCCCGGCCGAUAUGCGGGACAUGCUGUCGGUCUGUUCGGAUCCCACGGCCAGUUUGCACAAUGAAUCCUGGUCGUCGUUUCACAAGAGUUGGAGAGAACAAGCCGAAAACAGUAGCAGUCGCAUCAACCGAUUGUUGUCGUCCAGUACCGCCAUUUCGACACCCUUGUUGUUGGCGCCACCAGCGCCUCCCGUCAAACCAUCCGAACAUGAUUUCUCCAAACAGCAGCUGUCGCCGUUUGCCAAUAAUACUAAAAAGAGACCCACGUCAUCGUUACUGCAUCCCUUUGUUCCACCCACGUCCAUUUCGGAAUUGGUUCAACAGGAACAAGACGCCGCCAAGAAGCAACAAUCCCAAUUGGACGUGACCAUUUCCAAAACUCGUAAACUUGACGAAAAACCAUCCGAUCGACGAUGGAGAAAAUCAUCCAUUGCCGAACGACUCGAUCAGCGCAAGCGAGAACAAUUGCAGGAACUCAUCCACGGCAAGGACGACAUGGAUGAAAAUGAAAACGAAGACCACGUUCAUGUCAUCAUUCCGUCGUUUCCGUCCAAAAAGAAAACCAACAACAACAACAACACACGAAAGGACCGCUAUUCGCAGAGUGCCCGCAAUCUACAGCAGCUCGACCAAAGUGAACCAGAAUUGCAAUUGGAAGAUUUAUUCACGGCCGGAAAUCUACAACAACAACAACAACAAUUAGCGCGACAACGCAACAACGCACGAUCCAGACUCUCGGCGUCCGAUGGCAAUUUGGUAUUUCAUCAUGACACCAACACUAAUAAACAAAAGCAAACAUCCGAAAAAGAGGAUUCCAUGCAAGGCAUGGAAGUCAAUGUCCAAUUGACACGCCAAGUCAGUGGAUUGACACUCGACAAUUCACAAUCCACCGUCUAUAAUCAACGACGACUACCGCACACGGCGGCGACCAUUCCCGAACACAACGACGAGGAAGAGGAAGAAGUAUUCUUGAAACAGCAACAAAGUCUGUCCCUAUUCGAUUUGGAACAGCCAGAAGAAGAGUCGGCGCAUCCUGGAGCAUACAGCGAUGCCGAUAUUGACACCAGUCCGCCAUCGCCUCGGACCAAACAACAACACAAUACCAGUAAAAUACCCUCGGCUACCAUGACCAAAGUGUUUCCCAAAGAUCCACCUCGGAGAGCCUCCAAAGAGGUCUCGCGCAGCAAAGACCACAAUAGUACUAAAAAAUCGGACAAGCGAGGACGCAAUCGACAUCACAUGAGCACCAGCAAUUGGACCCCCACCGUCGAAGACGAACGAUUGGCGCGCCAUUCCAAGGAAAAGUUGCGACGUACCCGCAGUCAUUCUUUCGAAAAUUCAAAUUCGCGAGGCAAUGGGCCCGGCAAAGUGGCACUCUCCGCCGCGGCCGUCCACCGUCGUCCCAAGAAAAAACCGCAACAAAAGUCGUCGACCACACGAGCCAACGAUAUACGCAACAAAUUUGCCAAGUACAAGGAAAAGACGGUUGAGUAUGCUUCGAGCAGAGAAAAAACGGUACAAAAGAAUCGCAUUACCAAACGAACGUCGGGACAGGACUUUCAUGUCAGCAUGAGUCACAUGGCUCAGUAUCAACAACAGACCAUCGAGGAGGACGACGAACAGAAUGACAUGAUGGUGGCGGGUGCCAAGUCCUGUGGCAAUCUAGCAUUUGACAUGCCGCCCUAA